UCAAUUGGGUAAAGGAGAGAGUGACACCUGUCCUUUUUUAAAGCUUUCGAUGGUUUCAGAUGGGCUCGAAUGCGAAAGAGAUUUGUACUUGGGCUUGAUAUGCUAGAAGGUUGGCCUGUUAGGUAUCGUCUUCGUGACUGAUGGUUGCGUCUAUGACGAUUCCUCUGGAGUCGUUUCGUUCUGGAUUCAUCUCCUAACAUACGUUACCAGUUCCAUUGAAUGAGUCUUAUCUCUCUUCCAAGCUCCACCUAUAAAACAGUCAAGCCCUAUCCCUUGAGAAUCAUUCGCAGGAUUCCAAAAGUUUCUGUAUUCCGCUCUAAUUCGAGAGUUUCUUUGAGAUUUUAAGUUUCCGGUGUUGUUGUUCGGAAUUGUUAUGUUGAUGGAUCUUACCGGAGCAUUCAGAUCUUGAUCCGGUGGGGUUAGGCUGUUCCCAGAAGCAACAUGGCUUGAAUCGCUUCAUCUCGGCGGUGGCGACGAUGAGUUUCUACAACUAACAAAGCUAACUCCCAAGAAUGCCGGUGGUUUCAAGUCGUCGAUUAAGCUUCCGCCUGCACAAGCGGUGGAUAUAUCAGUGAUUCGUCGUCAUCGUUUUCUCAAGAAGCGGCCGACGGUUUAGAUGUUGUGACUGGUGAGUGUCUGUGGAAGGAUUUCACCAUUUUUAAAGGCUUCAGAGAAAGUUUCAGUCGCUUCACAUUAAACUAACUUUCUCAAAAACAAUUAAUUUCGAAUAAGCUUUGUUUAGGAGUUCACCUCUGUUUCCAAACAGGCGUGUUUCUGCUUUCUAUCUAUCUGUCCCUAUUUCAACGUGUCGCCAGUGGAUGAUCAGUCUCAAAGAUAAUAGAAUUGUUAUAUACCCGCACGACAGGUAUGCUGAAACCAGAGGCUGUAAGAAAGACGAGAUCGAGAAAUGGUCCAAGAGGCUGAGAAGUACAAGUCUGAGGAUGAGGAGCACAAGAAGAAGGUCAAAGCCAAGAAUGCUCUUGAGAACUAUGCUUACAACAUGAGAAACACCCUCCGUGAUGACAAGAUAGGUGAGAAGCUUCCUGCUGCAGACAAGAAGAAGAUUGAGGAUUGGGUUGAGGAAGCAACCCAAGGGCUUUGUGGUAACCAGUUGGCUGAAGCAGACGAGUUUGAAGACAAGAUGAAAGAGCUGGAGAGUGUGUGCAACCCGAUCAUAGCAAAGAUGUAUCAAGGAACUGGUGGUGAAGCAGGUGGUCCUACUGAUGAUGAAGCUCCUCCUGCUGCUGGUCCCAAGAUUGAAGAAGUCGACUAAGCUGGUUCUUUUGGAAUUGUUUUCCCUUAAUGGCUGGAACGUCUCAAUACUAAUGUUGUUUAGUUUUGUGUUUUGCUUUUUUUUUUAUAGUUACGUACUCUUAUCAUAUGUGGAAUUUGUUGCGAAUUGAGUUGGGAGUUUCGAAGUUCAAUCGCAUAAAUUUUUGUUUAAUUGGUC